AUGCUUUCUAACAAGCUUGAUGGACCAGGUCGAGGAAGGUCUUUUGACUCUGUCAAUAAGUUUUACGAAGAGAAGAAACUCAACAAUGAGAUGAACAAAACUUCUUUGAACAAAACGGAUGAGAACAAAGACAAGAUAUUUUCCUCCAAGAGGGAACAUGCUGCAAUUGUCUUCUCUCUGAAGAAUGAAGUUGGAGGUCUUGUGAAGGCUUUGAAACUAUUUCAGGACAACAAGGUAAACCUUUUACAUAUUGAGUCACGCAAGUCCCAGCGGCGCAACUCAGAGUUGGAGGUACUGGUUGAUUGUGACAGUGAUCGAGAAACUCUGAAAGAAAUCGUUCAGCUGCUGCGCAAACAAACAAGCAUUAUAGCCAUGGACUCACCUGAUACGUUCUGCACUACUGCAAAUGAUCUUUCUGAGGUGCCUUGGUUCCCCAAGAAAGUCUCAGAUCUGGAUAAGUGUGCCAGUCGUGUUCUGAUGUACGGUUCAGAUUUGGAUGCUGAUCAUCCGGGAUUCAAGGACAAUGUUUACCGAAAAAGAAGGAAAUAUUUUGCUGAUCUUGCCAUGAGUUACAAACAUGGAGAUCCCAUACCACGUGUGGCAUUUACAGAUGAAGAGGUGAAGACAUGGGGAAUAGUGUUUCGGGAGUUGAAUAAACUAUACCCUACACAUGCUUGUAGAGAGUACCUUCGCAACUUGCCACUGCUCACACAACACUGUGGCUACAGAGAGGACAACAUACCACAGCUGGAAGAUGUGUCCAACUUCCUGAGAGAACGAAGUGGCUUCACCAUUCGCCCUGUUGCUGGAUACCUGUCACCAAGAGAUUUUCUGGCUGGACUGGCUUACAGAGUGUUUCACUGUACACAAUAUGUACGUCACAGCUCAGAUCCUCUCUACACUCCUGAGCCGGACACCUGUCAUGAGUUGCUGGGUCAUGUUCCUCUGUUGGCUGAACCUAGUUUUGCACAGUUCUCUCAGGAAUUAGGACUGGCUUCUCUUGGGGCAUCUGAUGAUGCUGUACAGAAACUGGCAACAUGCUAUUUCUUUACGGUGGAGUUUGGUCUGUGCAAGCAGGAGGGUAAACUCAGAGCAUAUGGUGCUGGGCUUCUCUCAUCCAUCAGUGAACUUAAGCACUCUCUCUCAGGAACUGCUAAAAUCCUGCCCUUUGAGCCCAAAGUCACCUGUAACCAGGAGUGUCUUAUCACCACCUUUCAAGAAGUGUACUUUGUUUCUGAGAGCUUUGAGGAAGCCAAAGUCAGAAUGCGUGAGUUUGCAAAGACAAUCCAGCGUCCAUUCUCACUGCGUUAUAACCCAUACACACAGAGUAUAUGUGUGCUGAAGGACAUGCCCAGCAUCAAUGAUGUGGUUGAGGAGCUCAGGCACGAGCUGGACAUUGUAGGAGAUGCUCUCUGCCGACUAAGUACACAUAUGGGAGUCUAA